AUAGGAACCACAUAUAUAUACAAUACUCAUCAACCAUAUAUCUCAUUACAUUACUCUCUGAAAUAAAGAAUCGAAUUGAAGGUGAUCAAAUUAAACCAGAAGUGAAGUUGGCCGGAAAAUAUAAUGGCGACAAUGCUGAUCCAUGGAGAGACUGAUCUUUGCCUUGGCCUCCCCGGCGGCGACCGUGGUGGUAAUGAAUCUGCAGAGUGCUUGAAGAUAACCAGAAAAAGAGAGUUUUCUGAGACUGUAGACCUCAAACUCAACCUUCAACCCAACAGUGACGACCACGACUCAUCUCUGGAUUGCGAGAAGAAGAUGAAAGCUUCUUCUUCUUCCCAGCAUGAACCUAUCAUCAUGCCACCUCCCAAGGCACAAGUGGUGGGUUGGCCUCCAGUGAAGAAUUACAGAAAGAAAAUGGCCCAGAAGAGCAGCACAGAGGGAUCAGAAGAAGAGAAAAGUAGCAGCAGUAGCGGUAGCAGUGCAGCAAAUCUGGUGAAGGUGUGCAUGGAUGGUGCGCCUUACCUUAGAAAGGUGGACUUGAAGAUGUACAGAAGCUACCAACACCUCUAUGAUGCCUUGGCCAACAUGUUCACUUCCUUCACUACAAUUGGUACUAAUGGAAUGAUAGAUUUCAUGAAUGAGAGGAAGGUGAUGGACCUACUCAACACUUCCGAAUAUGUGCCCACCUAUGAAGAUAAGGAUGGAGACUGGAUGCUCGUGGGAGACGUUCCUUGGGAGAUGUUUGUGGAGUCGUGCAAUCGCCUACGCAUAAUGAGAGGAUCAGAAGCACCAAGAGCUAUGAAAAUCUGCAAGAGCAGGAGCUGAGACUUUACUUAAUUGCAUACAUGGAACAUGGACAGUCGAUUUCUUACAAGCUGAGCAUCUUUAGAAAGAGAGAGAGAGAGGCUAGGGGGAAACUAAGAGCUAGGACUUCAUUAUGUAUGUAACUACAUGUGCUGCUUCUUUGUUGUGCCUGAAUUUGUAUUUUGAUUAUGUAUUUUUUUUAUGAGUGAAACUCGCAAUUAUUACUUGAAGGGGUGUAUUGGAUAAAUUUUAUUUAUGUUUAAUAGUUUGCAAACUAUAUAGAAAAAGUAAAUGGUAUUAGGAAGUUUGAUGGGCUUACAUACCUUAAGGUGAUUAUGUAUUCAUUCCUUUAUUUCCUUAAUAUAUAUGUAGUGCUUGUGUGUGUA